CGGCGGGAUAGUCGGGAAGGGAAGUCGGAAGCGCCGCUUUACCCGGGACCGGAGAUCAGCUGAGCGGCUGCAAUUGCAAAGCGGAGGUGGAGGAGCGAGCGAGGCCCGCAGUCUUCGGUCGGCCAUGGGGUCCAGGAGCGGGGAAGGCUGGGCCAGCGCAGUUGCUUCUUUCCGCUCAUGCCCCACAGCCUUCCUCUCCCAUGGGGCUGGCGACACCUUCGUGGCCGAGCUUUUGCAGGAGCUCCGAGGCGAGAGGCUGGGGGAGCAGAUCAAGAUCUCCAUGUUGACCCUCCUUUUGGAGUACCCCACCCUGUUGUGCCCAGAUGCCAAGGCUGGGCAAGAGGUGGCCGCGUCCCUCCUCUCCCUCUUCGGCCAGUUGGGCCCGUCGUCCAAACAGCAGGCGUAUCUGCGGUGCCAACUCCUCUAUGCCAUGGCAACAGUACUGGUGGCCACGGACUCCUUCGCCGAGAGCUGCCAGGCUGCCCAUGAAUACUUCUCUCUGCUGCUGCAACUGGUGUCCGACCUCAAUGACUGCCGCGGGGGGGCCGCGGAGCGCCCCGUGCGAGUUGCGGCUUGUGAGUGCCUGCGGGAGCUUGAGAGCUGCUACCCGGGGCUCCUCUCUCAGCGCCUGGCCGUCCUGCGCUCCCUGCAACACCAGGAGACAUCACCCGCCCACCAGGGCUACACGCUGCUCUACGGACUGGCCUUGAGGAAUGCCAUCUUGCGCUUGGCCAGACGGGGAGGCCUCGGGACUCUGGGGGAGCUCCUGGAGAGCAAAGAGGGACUGGUGUGGGAGGCCACGAGGGAACUGGUGGACCUUUCUGUGGCGACCCUCGAGCAGCUGGCCCUGCUCCCCUCGCCGGGCGAUGUCAAGGACCUGAAAGCUGUGGUGUCCUCUCUCCUUGACAGCUCCUACCUCUUGUCCUCUGUGGCCCAGAGCCACCUCCUGUGGCAGCUGGCCCAGGCCGUCAGCGUCGUGCGCACCCAGUCUCCCGCCAUCUUUAAAGCGCAGCUGGUGCGCCUCUUUGGCACGGCGGGGGUGACGCUCCAGCAUGCCGUCUUGCAGCUCAAGGGCCUCUUCACCGACAGCCUCUUCACGGCUGAGGACGAGGGCUUCCUGCUGCGCCGCCUCGUGGGUCUGGCCCAGCACCCGGCCUUGCCCGCCCCGGUGAAGCUCUUCCACUUGGACUGCCUCCUGCACUUCCCUGAAAACCGGCCGCUGGGCUCGGCCACGGAGGACGAGGGCCUGCCGGUCUUGCUGACCCCUCGCACCACGUCCGGCCUGUUCCCCGGACUCUUCCAGGACCAGGGCACGGUUUUGGCCCGGCUGAACCUGCUGUGCCUCGUGUGCGUGGAGAGUGAAGGCCCAACGGCUGAGCGUGCUGUGGGAUACCUCCUGGAGCACGUGUUGACCCUCGGGGGGCUGGUGGCCAGGGGAGGAGGACCGGAGGCCACCCGGCUUUUUUUCCGGGCAGCCUUCCUAUUUGCCCGCUACUUUGGCUCCCGAGAGCAGCCAAUGGCAGAGCUCACCCAGUGCCUCUUGGACCUGUACCGCCAGAACUGCGCCCUGGCGCCGAACCUGAUAGAUCUUUUGGACGAGGCGUGGAAGUUUCCAGAAGAGGGCAGCUGGGCUGGUGGGCUGGCCCAGGCUUUGCAAGGGCUUGUCGUGGGCGUUCCCUUGCAAGAGGAGGACCUGCCUUGGCACCUCAGGGUCUUGGCGCGGCUGGCAAAGGAAAAGGACGUCCCUCAGGGGAGCACCAUGCAGUUCCUGAGGCGCCUGGUAGCCUCGGGCCGCCUUGGGGGCUGGCGCUCAGGCCAGGUCCUCCUGAGCGUCUGCCGCAACUUGAUGCAGCUGCGCCCGCUGCCCGCCCCGGCCCACUUAGCCGACCUCCUGCAGGCUGUGUCUCUCAGCCACCUGGACGUGGAUGUGCGAGACCGGGCUCGGUUCUACUACACCUUGCUGGCCAACCUCUCUGGCGAGAAGCUCGGGGCCGUGCUGGCUCCGGGAGGUGCCGUCAAGGCCCGGACGCUCUCCUCCUCCAUCGUGGCUGACAGCCAGAGCUUCGUGGCCUCUCUGACCGUACACCCGGUGCAGCCAGCCCCACUGAGGCUGCGGCGGGUGGGGGCAAGCGGCAACAGGCCUGAGCAGGCCCCUCGCCCUGAGCAAGACGUGGAGGGCUAUUGCCAGUGGUUGCUGGAGCCCCGCGCCCCAUCGCAGCUCAGCUUGACGUACCAGCUGGUCCACACGGGUCCUUCAAGCCCCCCCUACGACCUCCUGCUCUGCGUAGUCCUUCGCUUCAUGUGCUCGGACAAGCAUUACGAGCCUGUCCCAGAACUGUGCGUGCCCUGUCUCUCAGCAGCGCGCCCUCCCCGGACGCUGAUGCUCACGCUGCAGCCACGUUGCCCCUACCCGACGCAGCUGGAUGUUUUUGCUGUCUACACAACCCAGGAAGGCCUUACGCGCUCCAGCCAGCUGGAGCCGUUGGAGGUAGCCUUUCCCGAUCUCUUCAUGCCCCUGGCGGUGCCUUCCUGGAGUUUAGAAAAGCGCCGCCGUCUCUUUGGCUGCCUCUGGCAACGCCUUCACCCCGACAGCAAUGAAGCGGGCGCCGAAAGCCUUACCACCUGGCCUGUGGCACCUCAGUCCCUGCCGUCCCUGGUAUGUGAUCACUUUUCCCGGUACGUUUUGGCUGAGCAGUCGGGUUUCUAUGAAAUUGGCAUGGCCCUCCCUCCCCAGUACCACAUUCUCCUACGGGUGCAGAGUGUGGGAGAGGUGGCCUGCGUGGGUAUUCGCACAGACAACUGGAGACUGCUGCCCUCGCUGAACAGCUACUUGCAAAGUCUCGUGGAAGCGAAUUGAAAGAAUGGAUUGCGGGGGGAAGGAAGCCUGCGAGGUAACGCGGUCCGGGCUUGUAUAUCUGUUAAACAUUUUGGCAUUCCCAAAAUAAAUGCAUAUGUAUGGA